AUGCUAUCUAGCUAGCUAGUCCCUUCACUCUCUUCAAUUCUAAAACCCAUCAAGCGAAACUCAAGGCACCAACUGCUCAAUUUGUCUGAUUACUCCUCAUUUCAACAAACUCAUACAAACCAAAAUGUUUGGUAACUGUGUUCAUGAGAAAACGGUAAUCACUUCCAACAAAUUGACACAGAGUAUUGAGAUAGAUGAUCAUCAUAAUAAUAAGGUUUCAAUUUCAAUGGCUUCUUCAAGUGGUGGUGGUAAUAGGGUUAUGGAAAAACCAGGACAAGAACUUGUUCAACAACAACAACAAGCUUUAAGGUGUCCACGUUGUGAUUCAUCAAAUACAAAAUUCUGUUACUACAAUAACUAUAGUUUAUCACAACCAAGACACUUUUGCAAAGCUUGUAAAAGAUAUUGGACAAGAGGUGGAACUCUUAGAAAUGUUCCUGUUGGUGGUGGUUGCAGAAAAAACAAACGUGUUAAGAGACCAAAUCAUUCUUCUUCAAACAAUAACAUUGAUUCUCCUUCUUCUUCAAAUCCUACUAGUGUUACUGCUAAUUCUUCAAACCCUUCUUCUCAACAACAACAUCAUAGUUUUGAUGUUGCUAAUUCUACUUCAAACCAUAUUAAUACUCUGCUUUAUGGUAACAACUCUUGUCAUGAUGUUAUGAAUUUUCCUUUUGCAACAAGGUUUAAUUCGACACGAGUUUCAAGUUCUGGUUCUGGUUAUGAUCAUCUUCAACAAAAUGGUCUUGGAUUAGGCUUUUCAUCUGGUUUAGCUAAUCUUAAUCACCAUGAUGAUUAUAGAAAUGGGUUUAGUACUACUUCAAAUAAUAACAAUUACAGUUCCAUCUUUGGUUCUUCUAUGGGUUCUACUACUCCAGUUAUGAGUUCUCUACUUAGCUCUACACUACUGCAACAGAAAUUCAUGAGUACUGUUGGCGGUGGCGGCAACGACGGCAGCAUGAAAGGUGAUCUUUUUCAUCAUCAUGAUAUGAAAAUGGAAGGAAAUAGUAGAAGUGAUGAGGUUGAGUUGAUGGCUUCAAAAGAAGGACUGACUAGGUUGGAUCAGUGGAACAGCAAUAACAUGAAUGGUACUAAUGGUGUUGCUUUUCAAAACCAGAUGGAGAAUAUGGGUUUAUCUGAUUCAGGUUAUUGGAAUAAUAGUAACAACAACAACAACAACAUAGCCACAACAGGUUUGGGUAGUGUUUGGAGUACUGAUCAACCUAAUAAUAUUGGUUCUAAUUCAGUUACUUCUCUGAUCUAGAAAAAUGAAGCAUCAUUUUCAAAACUAUCUAUCUCUUUAAGGGUUUUUUCUUUAGUUCUAUAUUAGGCUUCUGUUUAUUGCUGAAAAAUGCUGCUUUUUUCUUUGUUUUUUUCAUUUGGGGUCAAUUGGGUUUGGUUUACUUACAUUGAAGAAAGAAGAUAGUUAAAGAUGAGAGAGUUUAGGAUCGGAGAGAUCAUGUCAGCUACAAAUAUAUUACUCAUCAUCAACCUUGUUAGUUUUAUAUUUCAAGGUUGAAAAAAUUUGGGCUGAGAUGAACCUCGGAUCCUCUUCUCUCAUCAGGUGUGUAACUCUCUGGUUGCGAAGACUACCGCAUCAGCAAUACUGCAGAUGUAGAGAUCAAGAGAUGGAGGUCCUUCAUUUGGUGCUAGUACUUCCAUAGUUGAUUGAUUGAGUAAGUUGGUCUUAAUUUUCAUUAAUUUUGUAAUGUGUAUAUGCAAUGACAUAUCCUUUAUUUUUCCUUAAUUUUCUAAUGUAUUGUCAUUAAUUAGUUCCUUUUCAUUUCAUGAAGGAACUAAUGUUGUUAACUUUCUUAACAUUUGGAAAGGGUUAGGUUAUGUGGAUUAUUGAGGGUAUAAUCAUGGUUAUGGUAUAGAAGAGGGGGGUGAUUAAUUAAUAUUAUUUAUUUUGAUUUGGGUGAUUCAUUGUACUUUGGUGUGUGGUAUUUUCAUCUAUUAAGAAAUUUUUAGUUCA